GCCCUAUGGUAGUUGUCAGCACGGAUUGGUUUGUCAUUGACCAACCAAAUUACUAACUCUACAAAAUACAGGAAUCGAACGUUGAAGCAUAUCAACGUUGUAUUUUUUGAACUGUAAAGAUUUCAGUAUGAUUUUAGUACAACAAAUUCCGUGCUACAUAACCGGGGGGGCGACUGAGACAUAUUUGCAUGAUACAACGUACAACGUUAGCUUUGAAUAAAUCCAAUAAAUAAUAUGCUGUUUUGUAACAUUCAUGCAUUUUCAACAUGCAUCCGUUCUUUAUGUGAGCCUUUACAGCCCACUGAGAUAACAUGCUAGCUAAGCUAACUAGCUAGUCAACUAUCCAGCCAGCCAGUUACCUAAUGUAAUAUUUGCGCCUUAUCUCAAGCUAGCUAACGUUAGCUGUGAAGCUAGCAACAGUAAAGCUAGCGAACAACAAAGACAAAACAAAGCACACGCUGCAAGAUGUCCUUCAACAAAUCUUAACGUUAUCUAGCAUUUGUAUUCGUUUGCUGCAUUAUGUACUAUGUAGCCCAUUCUGUUGAUUUCAGAAAUGUCAAAAUCAAACAAUUUUAUUUGUCACAUACAAAUAUUAAGCAGAUGUUAUUGCGGGUGUAGCGAAAUGCUUGUACUCGACGAUGUACUCCCCUCCCCUCAGCUAAAUCAUUACAUGAGGAACAAGACCCGGAAAACACAUGAUUCUUUGAACGCGUGUGUUCCACAAAUCCCCUGAAAUGGAAGGACUGUGACUAACUGACCAUGGAGUACACCACCGCCACCACCUCGACUGGGGAGCAGAUAGUCGUGCAGACAUCCAAUGGACAGAUCCAACAACAGACUCAGGGCACAGUGACGGCUGUGCAGCUGCAGACCGAGGCGCCGGUAUUGACGGCCUCUGGCCAGCAGGUGCAGACACUCCAGGUCCAGGGCCAGCCCCUGGUGGUGCAGGUGAGCGGAGGGCAGCUGAUCACGUCGUCAGGGCAACCCAUCAUGGUGCAGGCUAUGGGGGGGGGGCAGGGACAGACCAUCAUGCAGGUGCCAGUGUCUGGAGGACAGGGACUUCAACAGAUCCAGCUACAGGGUGGACAGCAGAUCCAGCUGCAGAACGGUCAGACGAUCCAUCUAGGGGGACAGCAGAUCCAGCUGCAGAACGGACAGAUGUUACAGCUAGGGGGACAGCAGGGUCAGCCCCAACAGAUCAUCAUCCAACAGCCACAACAAGCCAUCACAGCCGGACAGAACCAGGGCCAGCAGAUCCAGCUGCAGCAGGGCCAGCAGAUCCAGCUGCAACAGGGCCAGCAGAUCCAGCUGCAACAGGGCCAGCAGCUGGCGCAGACGGCUGAUGGACAGACCAUCGUCUACCAGCCAGUCAACGCAGACGGCACCGUCCUUCAACAGGGAAUGAUCACCAUCCCAGCAGGCAGCCUGGCGGGGGCCCAGAUGGUACAGGCAGGGGGGGCCAACACCACCACCACCAACAGUGGACAGCAGGGCACUGUGACCGUCACCCUGCCGGUCUCAGGCAACAUGAUGAACGCUGGUGGCAUGGUCAUGAUGAUGCCUAGUGGGGGUGCGGUGCCUGCUAUGCAGCGUAUCCCUCUACCUGGGGCUGAGAUGUUAGAGGAGGAACCGCUGUACGUCAACGCUAAACAGUACCAUCGCAUCCUGAAGAGAAGACAGGCCCGCGCCAAGCUGGAGGCAGAGGGCAAGAUCCCCAAGGAGAGAAGGAAAUACCUGCAUGAGUCCCGUCACCGCCAUGCCAUGCAGCGCAAGAGGGGAGACGGAGGACGCUUCUUCUCUCCCAAGGAGAGGGAGGAGAUGGCCCUGGCCCUCGCCCAGCAACAGGCAGAGCUGGCCGCCCAGGCAGAAGACUCUGUAGCCCAGAUGGUCCGUGUUUCAUAGCAUUCUACACACCGACGAUGUCUUCCUCCGUCACUAGGCUAGGGCGAUAUACCGUAUCCCGGGUAUUUCUAAAUACCGACAGUAUGAUUUUCAAUACCGUUUAAAAAAUAUAUAAUCAUAUUUUUGUUUGGGGCGGCGUGCUACGCCACUGCUUAUAACUAGAACUUUAGUUUAACUAUAAGAAAUCUAAAAUGUGUCAAUUAAAUGAUAUCCUGUUCAGGGCACCAGCUAUGCAUUUGGUUUGCUAACUUGCUAGCUAAGUGGCCAGAUGUCAAGAUACAUCUUCUUGGUUACUGCAGACAUUCAUACCCCUCCUCAACCAUCCCGCCCAGAGGGAUACCUGACCCAGCUAGCCAGCACCCAGCUACACCACCUCUCCUCAUCCAAUAAUAAUAAUUGAUUGGAUUUAUAUAGCACUUCACCAUACACUCAAAGUGUUUUACAACGUAAGGGGUAAACUCAUCCAAGACAUCACCCACCACAGAUAUGGAGCUCCUAUCUGGGUGAUGCCACAGCAGCCAUUUUGCGCCAGAAAGCAUAAACCUUCCACCACCUCCUGCCCCUUACGCAACCACGUUAUCCCUACGACUGGGAUUUCUCAACGAGGGGUCACUAUGAAUGAACUUUAACCCUUGACCUGUUACUGGAACUGUAGUGCUCUGUCCUGGAAACAAAGACUAAGGUUACAACUAUGAGAUGUUUUACCUUCAUAAUACCCUGGUCAAUGACUUCAUGUUUGCUGAAGCGAUCAUAACUGAUGGUAGUUAGUUGCAGAAUACAUUUAGUUGGUCGUACAGGAGCUCAUUUUUUUGAUGUAUUUCACAAAUGCAAAGACUGUUUACAAAUUCAGCUGUAAGAGUCAAAAUUAUGGUACAGUUAUUUUUGCCCUCUAUGUAUCUUGUUUGUUGAAACAUGCGACAUCAUAGAAGCCCAGCCUUGGUCCAUAGGGAUUUUCUCAACUCAAAUAUUGAAACAAUUAAUGAAAAAUGGAUAUUCGUUAGAACGUUUUUGGAAGUGUUUUUCUCAUAGAGAAGCAUAGAGGAACAUUUGAAUUUCAGUUUACUUCCUGAAUUGAAAUGGAAUUGACCCCAACACUGCUUUUCAGAAGGCUUUUUCAAUAUCCAGUCCCCAGUUGUUUGUACAGGGAAUGUACAGUCGUGGUCAAAAGUUUUUGAGAAUGACACAUAUAUUAAUUUUCACAAAGUCUGCUGCCUCAGUUUUUA